AGAAGUGAGUGCCCAAAACCUUAGUACCACCCCUUCAUUUCUGCGUGGGUUUCACUCCCCAAUCACCAGCAAGUAAUGACCAAUCCCCAUGUUGUGUUUUCGCACGUUAGACUGUGUUUUUACCCUUCCUUGGUACCAGUUCCCAUCAACAUGGCUCCAUCAUGUUCCCCACGCGCAUGGUAGCGGCGCGUGAGGGCGCGUCAUCACCCUCAUACUCACUCUCUGUUUGUGAGAGAGAGAGAGAGAGAAUGAGAAAUACUUUGGUCUCAAAAAUAGCUGAAGUGACCCAUCAGUGAAACUAAAACCACAACCCCCUCUCUCUCCCCCCCCACAACCCCAAACAAACAAAAAAAAAUCUUCCUAAAUCGCCGGUCUCCGGCAUGGCCACUCGCCGGAAACUGAAACUCCGGCCACCACCCAAUUCCUACUUUCCAGGGCUAAAUGCAACCAAAACGCCACCGUUUCAGCACCUCCCUCCAACCCCACAAAAAUGACAAGUACAACUACAACUACAACUUCAACAAGAAGAACGAUGAAGAUACUAAAUUAAGAAAAGAACAAAGAAUACCCUUCAAGAUUGAGAAAAUCCAAAGCAAGACCCCAAUUUUUUUGUGUUUGUUUUUCAUUUGGGUCCUGACAAUGGCGGCUUCUACUAACACUACAGCACCACCUCCAGUGGACUCAGCCUCAGCUGGAACAGCUUCAGCUUCAGCCUCAGCCUCAACUGACGAGUUGACUGCAAAGGCCGUACACAAGAGGUACGAAGGGUUAGUCAUGGUUCGUACAAAGGCUAUAAAAGGCAAAGGUGCGUGGUACUGGGCGCACCUUGAGCCCAUGUUGGUUCAAAACACUGACACCGGUCUUCCCAAAGCAGUCAAACUCAGGUGUUCCUUAUGCGACGCCGUUUUCUCAGCUUCAAACCCGUCACGCACUGCCUCUGAGCACCUCAAGCGUGGUACUUGUCCCAAUUUCAACUCAGUGGCAAAACCCAUUUCGUCUAUCUCACCCUCUUCGGCUUCUAUGGCUUCCCCUCCACCUCCUUCUUCAGUUCCUUUGCAACAUAAUCAUCGUAAGCGUAGCUCUUCUUCGGUUUCAACUGGUGGUGUAGGCUCUGGUUCUUCCUACCAAGUACCACCGUUGGCGAUAGUGGAUCCGACGAGGUUUGAGCUGCCGUACUCUCCGACGGUGUCAGCGACGACGGUUGUUACGGCGGUGAGUGCUGGGGCCAUGCUGACACAACAACCGCAUUUGAUGUUAUCUGGUGGGAAAGAGGAUUUGGGGCCUCUUGCUAUGUUGGAAGAUAGUGUGAAGAAGCUCAAGAGUCCGAAAACUUCACCUGGGCCGACACUAAGUAAGUCUCAGAUUGAUUGCGCGCUUGAUUUUCUCACUGAUUGGGUGUUUGAGUCAUGUGGGUCUGUCUCUUUUUCGAGCUUGGAGCACCCGAAGUUUCGAGCUUUCUUGAAUCAAGUUGGGUUGCCGGGGAUUUCUCGGAGAGAGUUCACAGGUGGUAGAUUGGAUACUAAGUUUGAGGAAGCUAAGGUUGAGUCUGAAGCGAGGAUUAGAGACGCUAUGUUCUUUCAGAUUGCCACUGAUGGGUGGAAAUUCAAGAAUUAUGGGGUUUUGGGGGAAGAGAGUUUGGUGAAUUUGACUGUGAAUCUUCCAAAUGGGACUAGUUUGUAUAGGAGGGCAGUGUUUGUUAGUGGUUCCGUGCCUUCUACGUAUGCCGAAGAGAUUUUGUGGGAGACAAUCACAGGCAUUUGUGGGCAUGCUGUGCAGCAAUGUGUAGGAAUAGUUGCAGACAAGUUUAAGGCAAAGGCAUUGAGGAAUUUGGAGACUAAGAAUCAUUGGAUGAUUAACCUUUCUUGUCAGUUUCAAGGGUUCAAUAGUUUGAUUAAGGUCUUUAGCAAGGAGCUUUCAUUGUUCAAGACAGUCACUGAUAAUUGUUUCAAGCUCGCCAAUUUCGUUAAUUACAAGUCUCAGAUUCGAAAUAUUUUUCAUAAGUAUCAGUUGCAGGAGUACGGACAAGCUGGAUUGCUUAGAGUACCGUUGCGCGAGUAUGAGAGUGUAAACUUUGGGCCUGUAUAUACAAUGGUGGAGGAUAUACUGAAUUCAGUUCGAGCACUACAGUCGAUUUUGCUGGAUGAUUCAUAUAAGAUGGCAGCAAUGGAGGACCCAAUUGCAAGAGAAGUCGGGGAGAUGAUUCAGGAUGUGGGGUUUUGGAAUGAAUUGGAGGCAGUGCACUCGCUGGUUAAAUUGGUCAAGGACAUGGCUCAAGAGAUUGAGACAGAAAGGCCAUUAGUUGGGCAAUGCCUUCCACUUUGGGACAAGCUUAGAGAAAACGUGAAGGAUUGGUGUUCCAAGUUCAACAUUGCAGAAGGACCCUUAGAGAGGGUGAUUGAAAAGCGGUUCAAGAAAAAUUAUCACCCAGCUUGGGCUGCUGCUUAUAUACUUGAUCCUCUUUAUUUGAUUAGGGACACUAGUGGGAAGUACCUUCCACCGUUCAAAUACUUGACACCUGAGCAGGAAAAGGAUGUGGACAAGCUCAUAACCCGGCUUGUGUCGAGGGAAGAAGCUCACAUUGCGCUAAUGGAACUUAUGAAAUGGAGAACAGAAGGGCUUGAAGCAGUCUAUGCACGAGCUGUGCAGAUGAAGGAUAGGGACCCCAUUACUGGAAAGAUGAAAAUUGCCAACCCCCAGAGCAGUAGGCUGGUGUGGGAAACGUACCUUACUGAAUUUAAGUCACUAGGGAAAGUUGCAGUUAGGCUUAUCUUUCUUCAUGCAACUUCUUGUGGAUUCAAAUGCAAUUGGUCUUUCUUGAGAUGGGUGUGUGCCCAUGGGCACUCAAGGGCAGGUAUGGACCGGGCACAGAAGUUGAUAUUCAUUGCAGCUCACUCGAAACUUGAGAGACGGGAUUUUUCCAGCGAUGAAGAGAAGGAUGCCGAGCUGUUCUCCUUUGCAAACGAAGCAUUGGACAAAGAUAUGGUUGGACUGGAGAGGCCACCAUAAGAUGGUUGGUUGUUAGUAGAACUGGUUGGACCAUGAUUAAAGAGGAAUUUUCCAAAAGGAUCCAAGAGAGGAUUUGACUUGAAAAUCCGGCAUUGAAGUGUCUUUUAGCAAAAGGCCAGAGCUUGCUCGAACCGGUUGGGUGGAUCGAUGGCAAGGAGGGUAUUGCUACAUGGGUCAACUACCUGGGAAGGACCUUAUAGCAAACCUUUAUAGCUGGAAGAGCACUUCUAAGUUCUAACUGUUUCUAUCUCAUCCAUAUCUUCUGUUUUUUUGUGUCUUUGAGAGAGAGAGAGAGAGUGGAGCCCCACAAAAUGAAAGAAGUGGAAGUCUUUAUCAAAGUUUUGAUUGUCAUGGAGAGAAAUCAGGGGGGUUUUGGUUUUCCCUUUUCUUUUAACCCCAAUCAAAUCAGCUUUGGGUUACUUCUCUUUUAAACAUUCCUAAGCCUCGUGACGUUCAUGCAGAGUCAUUGGGUGAUGCUCCCCAUGAUUGUGAAAAUGUUCUUCAAAGGCCCCAAAGCAAAGAAGAUUUGUCGGCUUGAAGCAACACAGAAGGUGCUUGAGAGUGAUUCUACAACGAACUUUGAACUGAUUUUUCUGGUUUCAAUUAGCUAUGGGAGUUGAAAAUUAUGUUUAACAGGCAGUGUUGUUAUCAGACUUUAUCCUCAUUUCAUCUGUGUAUAUAAUCAUUUUUAAUGA